CGCUCUUCCUUCUUUAACUCAUUCAAGCACGCUCACUUUGCGCAUCUCUCGACGGCACAGACUGUCGCUUUGCACACUUGAUCGGGUUGCUUCGGAGGGUGGAUAAACCACUCACCCACACCGUACCGCUGCCAAUGGCUGGACCAGGUCCUGGAGCGUAUGGGCCCCGCCAUGCCGGUUCGCCCGGCAACGACGGCCAAUUCCUCCAUCAUCCCCACCAACAGCCGCAUCCACAGCAGGCACAGCCCUCGACGCGCGGCAGGAAGCGCAAGAACCAGGCUGGUGGGCAUGGGCGCGCCAAUGCUCCUUACGGAGCAGACGCUGCAGCCUACGGACAGCAUGCAUCCCACUACCAACAGCAGCAGCAGCAGCACCCCUACCAGAGACCGCCGAAUCCCAUGCUGCCCCCCCAGCCAUUGAGCACCGGCAUGGGUUUUGGCCUUUCUGUAGACGACGAGGCGACCGACUUUGUCAUGGAUGAUCUCGACCGGCUCACUUCGCGCGACGUGGCCAUUGCAAGGUACAAGCGCCAUCAUGAUCUUCUCGGCCGCAUCUUUGACGCUCGCAGGAUCGACUCGCUUGUUCCCCCUCCCUCCCCGUACGCCUCGAUGAAUGAGGAGGAGCUCAAGGCACGCUUGGCUAGCAUCGCAUCGGAGACAGAGGAGCUGACGGCUUCGCACGCCGCUCGCAUCAAGCGUAUCCGCGCCUCUUUCCAGAAGGGCGCCUCUGCUUCACCCAGCGAAGAAGACCACGAGACAGGAGAAGGAGACGAGCAACAACGGCCCAGCAAAGGCGCCGUCAUUGGCGUCGGCUACGUCCGUGCAGAGACACCCGAGGAUGUCCGCAAAGUGUUGCCGAAGCCUGCUCCCCCACCAGCGCCGCCGCCGGCACCCGCGCAGCAGCCUGCCACGAGCACGCCUGCGACGCAGCCACAGCCACAACCACAACAACAAGAACAACAACAAGAACAACAUCAGCAGCAGCAGCAGCAGCAGCAGCAGCAGCAGCAGCAGCAGAGUCAGGGCCAGGCAGAAGAACAGACUCUGCCUCCUUCGUCGACCGUGGACAACAGCAGCCAAAACCAGGAGGCGACCCUCAGCUCAGACGCAGUCAUGUCGAGCAGCUCAGCCCUCCCCGCUCCGGUGUCGGCGCCUGACGCUGUGGCAGCAACGGCCAUGGACAUCGAUCAGGAUGCUGCCGGAGCUGGCGAAGAUGGGGAAGAAGAGAGCCAAGAGGAGGAGGAUGCAGCGGACGACGAUGACGACGACAAUGAGGCAGAGGAGGGCGAUGGAGAUGCAGAAGCCGAGGGAGAUGAAGACGGCGAGGCCGAGGGAGAAGGCGAGGAUGGCGAUGGAGACGGGGAAGGAGACGACGAUGCCGACGCCGACGCCGAUGAGGAGGGAGGAGCAGACGAACCGCAGGCUCAGGAUGCCAUCGCUGCUCCUGUUGUCCCAGCUACUGCAGCAGCAGUGGAUGCGCAGGUUGCGGUCGAGGAAGAUCCUGCCUUGGCCAAUAUUGAGAUGGCACAAGCCAUUGACACUGCUGCUCAGGAGGCUCCAGUGAUGGCCACUUUGGAUGAGCCGGCCGCAGCAGCAGCUGCUGCUGAUGCUGAUGCCGUGCCAGCCUCGGACCCCACCGUCCUCGAAGAGACCCCUGUCGUGGAAGCACCGCCGCCGUCGGAAGCCGCGGCGCCCGCUGCUGCAUUGGUGGCGGAGACUGAGCCGACAGAAGAGGCUGAAGACGCUCCACCAGAGGCAGAGGGAGAGGGCGUUGAAGAAACACAAGGAGCAUGAGGAACCCUUUGUCGACGGCAAUGUAUAAAAGAUGGUCAGGAAUUAAGAACUAGAUGUAUGCCCU